AGGAAAUGGUGACCCAGGUGGAAACUGACGCAAGCGUUUGUGAGUGAAUAGACGGCUUUACCAUGACUUUGAAUAAGAUCCAGGUGAUCAAAGGUCUUGAAGAUGUGACGCUGUGUGAAAAGGAAGCCUGGACGUUCGAGGUGAUUUUGAGUCACGCUUAUGUCCGAAGCGUGUGGACGAGGAACGGGCUGCCGUUCAAAUCGAAGCCCACAUGUCGUAUCGCAACGCAGGGGAAGAGACACACUCUCACGCUGACACGUGUCUCGCUGUUAGACAUGGGCCUGAUCGGCUUUCGGGCAGAAGGAGCGGAGACCUUCGCUAAUCUCACGGUAACAGCCAGAGACAUACAGAUCCUAAAACAUCUUCAGGAUGUCUGCGUGACGGAAAGGGAGAGCGUGACGUUCGUGUGUGAAGUGAACCUGGAGGACGUGGAUGGAAAAUGGUUCAAGAACAGCAGCAGGAUUAAAGCUAGGGACGACGUUAGAAUUAGACAAGAAGGUAAAACUCACUCACUGAUCUUCAAAGCCAUCAAGCCAGAAGAUGCUGGUGAAAUCACCUUCGUGGCAGAGAGAGUGUCAUCGACAGCAAUGCUAAGAGUGAAAGAGCUUCCGGUUCAGAUUGUGAAACCGCUGCGGGUGAAGAUUGCCUUGUACAGACACCGCGCCCUGCUGGAGUGCCAGGUCUCCCGCGCGAACGCUGAGGUUACAUGGUACAAACGGGACAGAGAAAUCGCACCUGAUGAGAAGUACCAGGUUAUUAGUGAAGGUCUUUACAGGCAGCUGACCAUUGAAGAAGUGGGCUCGUCAGACGAGGACACCUUCGUCUGUGAUGCCGGUGAUGAUAAGACUUCUUGCCGACUGUUUGUAGAGGAGCAGGCUAUCAGCAUUGUCCGUGGACUGAGCUCAGUCGAAGUAAUGGAGCCUAAGGAGGCGUGUUUCAGAGUGGAGACAAGCAUUGAUGCAGAACGAGCCCCUAAGUGGACUUUGAAUGGGGAGCUGCUAAGUUCCGGCCCCGAGGUGAGGAUCGAGAGGAAAGGAACAUCACACCGACUCACUUUCACCAACACCAACAGCAGCAUGUGUGGCAUCGUCCAGUUCAGCUCAGGGAAGAGCAGGUCGACCGCCCAGCUUACUGUUACAGAGCGCCCCUUGGUGGUCACCCAGCCCAUUUCAGAUGUGGAGGUUAAAGAGAACUGCUUGGUGACUCUCAGGUGUGAGUUUUGUCCUUCACCAAGAGUGGUGCGCUGGUUCAAGGGUAGAGCUCCUUUACUGCCCUCAAGCAAGUACAACAUGAGGCAGGAGAAGAACCACAUUGAGAUGACCAUCAGGAAUGUGAAGGCUGCAGAUGCAGGGGAAUAUCGGUGCCUGGCUGGUGGAGCUGAGAGCAAGGGUCGAGUCAAUGUAGAAGUGAAACAGCUGAAGAUCACACGGCAUCUGGAACACGUAGAGGUCGAAGAAGAAGGAACAGCUGUGUUUUCCUGCGAGCUAAACCAUGAAGCACCAAGUGUCCAGUGGCUUCUCAAUGACAGGGCAAUUCAUGCCAGUCACACAAACAAGAUCCAAAAUUCAGGCAAAGUGUACACUUUGGUCCUGAAAAGGCUUACCCAGCAGGAGAGCAGGGUGACCUUCAAGACUGUCGGCAUCAGUGAGUCCACCAUACUUAGGGUCAAAGAAAGGCCAGCAGUGUUUCUUAGAUCUUUGGAAGAUGUUGUGGCUGAGGAACGUGACAAAGCUUGCUUACACUGUGAGGUCUCCAAGCGAGAAGUAACCCCUGUUUGGAGGAAAGACGGUACGGUCCUAAAUGGCAGUGAGAAACAUGAAAUUCUUCAAUUGGGAAAGUUGUUAUCUCUGAUCAUUCACAAGCUCAGAAAAGACGAUGCUGGGGAAUAUUCUUGUGAUGUAGGGACUAGCCAAACAAAAGCCAAGGUUGUCGUUCGUGACCUGUACAUCACCAUUGUCAAGCGCUUACGGACAAUUUCGGUUCUUGAGGGGGAAUAUUGCAGUUUCGAAUGUACUCUGUCACAUGACAUCAUUGAUGAACCCUCAUGGACACUGAAUGGCCAGCCGAUCGUCAGCAACGGUCGAAUCCAAGUUGCUAACCAGGGGCGCAAGUACACCAUGAACAUCCAAGAGGUUAUGAUUACUGAUGCUGGAGAUGUGGUCUUCACAAUCAAGGAUCUCAGUUGCAGGACCAUGCUGUUUGUCAAAGAGAAGCCUGUACGGGUAUUUAAGGACACGCUAAACAUUAAGGCAGUACCUGGAGAAGAUCCAGAGCUUAGCUGUGAGAUUACCAAACCUGAAGCGACCAUCAAGUGGUUGAAAAAUGGCCGGUUGAUCAAGUCUAGUUCUAAGUAUAAAAUGGUCCAAAAAGGCUAUGUGGUUAUACUAGUAGUCCAAAAUGCGACUGUAAAGGACUCCGGAGAGUACUGCUGCGAGGCUGACGGAAUCGCCACUAGGACAAGGUUAGAGGUCAGAGACUUACAGCACACAUUUGCUAAGGAGCUAAGAGAUGUAACUGCAGAGGAAAAGAAUAUGGUAGUCCUGGAGUGUGAGACCAAACGACCUGCCGCCAAGGUGACCUGGUUAAAAGGCAUGGUGGUGCUAAAGUCAGGUCAGAAGUACCUGAUGGUGAAGAAAGGUGUUGUCCUCUCACUCACCAUAUUCAGCCUUGAGAAGGGUGACAGCGAUUUGUACACAUGUGAUGUUGGGUCGAUGCAGAGCAGGGCGUUACUCACGGUACAAGGUCAGAAAGUGCUUAUUUUGGAUGAACUGGAGGAUGUUAAAUGUCUGGAAGGGGACACUGCCGUAUUCAAGUGUCGUAUCUGUCCAAGUGUCUUCACCGAGGUUAAAUGGUAUCUUGACGAGACUCUGCUGUAUACUAAUGAUUUAAACGAGAUCCAAAUGACCAGUGGUGGCUACCACACGCUUACCAUCAAACAGCUUGCACGCAAAGACACAGGAACAAUAUCUUUCGAAGCUGGGGACAAGAGAUCUUACGCUUCGCUGCUAGUAAGAGAAAGACGUCCAACAAUUAUCAAACCGUUAGAGGACGCUGAAGCUAUAGAGGGAGGAAGUUUAAAUCUGUUAUGCAAGACCUCAAAACCAUGCCAUAUCCUGUGGUAUAAGGAUGGCUGCUUAAUGUGGAAUUCCUCCAGCUAUUUCAUGACUCGCAAUGGAAAUGAGGCCAGGUUGACCAUCCGCGAGGUCAAGGACACUGAUGCAGGAGUGUAUGAGUGUAACGCGGGAUCCGUCAGCACCAAGGCGACAGUGACUGUUAAAGCUGUGCCUGCUGAGUUUACAAGGCAGCUGUAUAGUCAAGAAGCUGACGAGGGAAGUAGUGUGACGCUGUUCUGCGAAUUCUCCGUACCUGGCGUUCAGUACUUGUGGCGUAAAGGAGCCGAGACGCUCAGGUCAGGACAGAAAUACCUAAUGAAGCAAAGGCAAAACUAUCUUUCUCUUACAAUCCACAACGUGAAACUUGAGGACUCAGGGACUUACACCUGCAUUUGCAGAAACCAGCGGACCAUGGCCACUGUUACAGUCCGUGAUAUUCCCAUCACAUUCAUCAAAGAACUUAAAAAUCAAGAAGCAGAGGAGGGCAUGGCCGUGACAUUACGCUGUGAGCUCUCCAAAGCCGGAGUACCAGUGGAGUGGAUGAGGAACGAGGAAGUGCUCAGCCCUGGGAUGAAGUAUCAGAUACGACAAAUAGUAUCCAUACAUGAGCUGGUCAUUAGGAAUCCAGUGCCAGAGGACAGCGGAACCUACAGCUGUGUGUGUACUGACCAACGGACCAACGCCACGAUUAAGAUAAAAGCCCAACCCAUUUCCUUCAAACAGAAGCUUAAAUCUCAAGUUGUUGAAGAAGGAAACAGUGUCACCUUGCACUGUGAGGUAUCAAAUGAUGGACUUCCUGUAGAAUGGAGAAAGGGCCAAGAGUUGCUCAAGUCUGGAGAAAAGUACCGGAUGCGACAACGCAGUUGUGCGUUAGAGCUAACGAUUUUCAGUUUGAUAUGCGAGGACAGUGACGUAUACAGCUGCUCAUGUGGCGAUGUCCAGACAUCAGCUAGGGUUACUGUUAGCAUGCAACCGAUCCGUUUCACAGAGAAGCUAACAAACGUGGUCGCUGAGGAGGGCAAGACAGUGACCUUGCGCUGUGAACUGUCGAAAGCUGGUGUUCCAGUGGAAUGGUGGAAAGGAGAAGAGCUUCUCCGACCUGGACAAAAGUAUCAGAUGAGAGAAAGAGAUGCGACACAUGAGCUUAUUAUCUGCGACACUGUGCCUGAAGACAGUGGAGUCUACAGAUGCGUAUGUGGAACCCAGAAGACCAAAGCCAUGAUAAAGAUUGUUGGUGUGGCUGCUACUUUCAAGCAAAACCUGAAGAACCAGGAAGCUUUAGAAGGAGGCAAUGUUGUACUAAGAUGUGAGCUCUCUAAAGCAGGAGCACCUGUGCAAUGGUGGAAAGGUGAAGAGCGUUUGAUGCCAGGUGGGAGGUACCGGAUGACACAAGACGGCAAGAUUGCUGAGAUGGCGAUCACAAAUGUUCUUCCUAGCGAUGCUGGAAUGUACAGUUGUGAUACAGGAAAGCACAAAAGCUCUGCAGAGGUUAAAAUCACAGCUCUUCCGAUUACUUUCAAACGGGAGCUCCAGGAUCAGGUUUGUAAAGAAGGGGACAUGGCUGUGUUCAUCUGUGAACUGUCCAAACCUGGGGCUCCAGUAGAGUGGAGAAAAGGAAGGGUUAUUUUGAAACCAGGAGAGAAGUACAAGAUGAGGCUGGAGGGAAGGUUAACCAAAUUGGAAAUAAACAACCUGGAAGCGCGUGAUUCUGGAAACUAUAACUGUAAAACCAAAGACGCACAAUCGACUGCUGAACUUACUGUGCAAGGUAAGACGUAUAAGGCACAAAACAGAUCACUUCCUGCAACCUUCAAAAACGUUCUGAAGAACCAGGAAGUUCAAGAGGGAAACAGCGUCAGUUUGCAGUGUGAACUUUCCAAAGCUGGAGUACAUGUGGAGUGGUGGAAGGGAGAUGAAAUGCUAAGCACUGGGGAGAGGUAUCAGUUGAGAAAAAAAGAUGCAACAGCAGAACUUUUAAUAAGAAGAACACAGCCAGAAGAUAGUGGAGUGUAUCGCUGUGUUUGUGGAGAGCAGAGUGCCGAGGCACACAUCAAAGUCAAUGCUCUACCAAUCACCUUCAAGCAAGAACUGAAGAACCAAGAAGCUGAAGAAGGGAACAAUGUCACAUUGCGUUGCGAACUCUCAAAGUCCGGAGCUCAGGUAGAGUGGUGGAGAGGAGAAGAACUGCUCAAGCCUGGGGAGAAAUACCAGAUGAGACAAAUGGCCACAAAAAUGGAGCUUGUCAUCAGAAAAGUAGUACCUCAAGAUAGUGGUGUCUACACUUGUGUAGGACCGGAUCAGAAAUCCAAUGCUAUAGUUACAAUAAAAGCUUUACCAGUGGUCUUCAAACAAAACCUGAGAAACCAAGAAACAGCGGAAGGCCAGAGCAUCACUUUACGUUGUGAACUUUCUAAACCGGGAGCAUUGGUGAAAUGGUGGAAGGGUCAGGAGGAGCUGACCUGCAGUGAAAAAUACCACAUGAAGACUGAGGGAAAGAGUGUUGAGAUGGUUAUUAGGAACGUUUUAUGUGAGGACGCUGGUGUAUACAUCUGCACAAUAGGAGACCAAAAGACUAGCUCAGAAAUCAAAGUUCGGGCUCUACCAGUCACAUUCAAACGAGAGCUCCAAAACGGAGUUGCCAAAGAAGGGGGAACUGCCGUGUUCAGUUGUGAGCUCUCAAAACCUGGCGCACCGGUGGACUGGAGGAAAGGAAGAGUUAUUCUGAAAGCAGGAGAUAAAUAUGAGAUUAAGCAAGAUGGAAAAAUCACCACGCUUAUCAUACACAACAUUGAGGAAAGUGAUGCUGGGUACUAUUCAUGCAAAACCAAGGAUUCUGAGUCGACCGCUGAGCUUACGGUUCAGGUUCCACCCAUUAUCUUUAAAGUGAAGUUAAAAAACCAAGACGUCGAAGAGGAGAGCAAUGUACGCCUGCACUGUGAACUCUCCAAAGCUGGUGUUCCUGUUCAGUGGAAAAAAGGGGAGGAACUGCUCAAGUCUGGACUGAAAUACCAAAUUACACACCAAGAUACUACAGUGGCUCUAAUGAUCAAGAAAGCGAUGCCUGAAGACAGUGGAGUGUAUAGCUGCACAUGUGGGGAUCAGAUUACUAAAGCCAGCAUCAAAGUGUCUGCCACUCCGGUCACAUUCAGACAACAUCUAAUGAGCCAGGAGGCUCCAGAAGGAGGGAUCAUAGUCCUGCACUGUGAGCUUUCUAAACCUGGGGUACCUGUGCAGUGGUGGAAAGAUGAAGAGGAACUUAGUAACGGAUCUAAGUACAAGAUGAAGCAGGAUGGGUUAGUUGCUGAGUUACACAUCCGGAACGUGCUUCCUAUGGACGUCGGGGAGUAUAGCUGUGUUAUCGGAGACCAAAAGACAACGGCUGAAGUUAACGUCAGGGCUGCAGCCUCUGUGUUCUUUGAGAAAGAACUACAGGACCAGGAGGCGAAGGAGGGGAACUCUGUGGUGUUCAGUUGUUUGCUGUCAAGUCCUAAUGCACCAGUGGCUUGGAAAAAAGACUCACAGCAGAUCACACAAGGUGGCCGAUUUACUCUACACCAAAAGGGCUCAACACAGGAGCUUGAGAUCAGGAAAGUAAGGUCUGAGGAUGCUGGUGUGUACACAUGUAGCACAAGGGGCAAGACGACAUCAGCACACCUUAGAGUGAUCGAGCGUGUGAGAAUUGUGAGAGAGCUACGAGACCUGACUGUAACUGCAGGAGAAAAUGCUCAUUUUGUGUGCGAGCUUUCACAUAGCGAUGUCACAGAUGGAGUGUGGUGGCUUGACUCCACUGUUCUGCAGGAAAAUGAAAUGAAUCAGAUGAGGUGUUGCGGUCGUGAGCAUCACCUGACACUUACCAUGACAACACCCGAGGAGUCGGGUAUCGUGGCGUUUGUGGUAGGAGAAGAGUGGACUUCAGCUCGUCUACAAGUAAAUAGUAAACCCAAAGUCUUGAUAGAAGAGCAAUUGAAAGACAUGGUCGUCUUUGAGGGCGAUACUGCCACAUUAUCCUGUGUUACCUCGGACGACUGCACACCCGUCACAUGGAAACGAAACAGCGUCACCCUUCUGGCAGGGGAAAAGUAUGAACCUCGUAAAGAAGGGAAGCGCAACCUACUUUUAAUACAUAGAGUGGAGAAAGAGGAUACUGGGGCUUAUAUGUGUGACACAGGAGACAUGCAAAGUAUGGCUGCUCUCACCAUCAGAGAACAUCCACUUUCCUUUCGUGAGGAACUUCAAAAUCAACAGGUAGAAGAGGGUGAAACUGCGUUCCUGCGUUGUGAGCUCUCUAAACCUGGAGUUUUAGUGCAAUGGAAGAAGGGAGGUGUUCUGCUUAGACCAGGAAACAAGUAUAAAAUGAAGCAGGACGGUCGUGAAGUACAACUUCAAAUCGACGACCUGGAAGUUCAGGAUAGCGGCAUCUACAGGUGCUGUGUGGAUAGCAUUGAGACGAAGGCUAGUCUCAGUGUUAAAGAACAACCUCUGUUCUUUCGUGAGGAACUCCAAAGUAUGGAAGCCGAAGAGGGUGAAACCUCUUUCCUGUGCUGUGAGCUCUCUAAGCCUGGAGUUCCAGUGCAGUGGAAGAAGGGAACCGUGCUGCUGAGACCUGGAAUCAAAUAUGAGAUGAAGCAGAAUGGUUGUGAAUUAGAGCUCCAGAUAAAUGACUUGAAAUGUGAGGACAGUGGAGUCUACAGGUGUUGUAUUGGUAGCCUAGAGACAACGGCUAAUAUCCUAGUAAAAGAACAACCACUCUUCUUCUCUGAGGAGCUACAAAGUCAGCAGUUAGAGGAGGGUGAAACCGCCUUCUUGUGCUGUGAGCUUUCUAAACCUGGGGUUUCGGUGCAGUGGAAGAAAGGAGGAGUGCUGCUUAGACCAGGAGACAAGUAUGAAUUAAAGCAGGAUGGUUGCAAACUGCAGCUUAAGAUCCAUGACGUGAAGGGUCUGGACAGUGGAAAUUACAAAUGCUGUGCUGGUGGCUUGGUUACUAGAGCGUCUGUUAUGGUAAAAGAACAACCCCUGUUUUUCCAUGCGGAACUUCAAAAUCUGGAAGCAGUAGAGGGUGAGACCGCUUCCCUUUGCUGUAAAGUCUCUAAACCUGGAGUUCCAGUGCAGUGGAAAAAAGGAGCAGUAGUGCUGAAGCCUGGAACUAAGUAUGAAAUGAAACAGAAUGAUUGCGAAUUUCAGCUUAAAAUCCAUGACUUAACAAAUCACGACAGUGGUACCUACAAAUGCUGUACAGGUGGCAUUGUGACUACAGCAUCCCUUGAUGUGAAAGAACAGCCACCAUUCUUUCUUGAGGAACUCAAAAGUAUGCAAGCAGUGGAAGGAGAGACUGCCUCGCUGUUCUGUGAGCUCUCUAAACCUGGAGUUCCAGUGCUGUGGAAGAAAGGUACAACCCGUCUGAGGCCUGGGGGUAAAUAUGAGAUAAGGCAAAAUGGCUGUAAAGUACAGCUUAAAAUACAUAACUUAACACAUCAAGACAGUGGUUCCUACAAGUGCUGUGCUGGUAGCUUUGAAUCCGUGGCAUCCCUCGAAGUGAAAGAAGUACCAGUAUUCUUUCAUGAGGCACUCCAAAAUAUGGAGUUGGAGGAGGGUGGAAUUGCUUUGCUAACCUGCGAGACCUCUAAACCUGGGGUUGCAGUGCAGUGGAAGAAGGGAUCAGUCCUGCUUAGACCAGGAGAUAAGUAUAAAAUGAAGGAGAAUGGAUGUGAGCUACAACUUCAAAUUCGUCAUCUAACAUGUGAGGACAGUGGCACUUAUAGUUGUCAUGCUGAUACCAUAGCGACCACAGCGAUCAUUCUUGUCAAAGAACAACCUUUGUACUUCUACAAGGAGCUCAAAAAUCAAGAAGCAGAGGAAGGUGAAACCAGCUUGUUGUGUUGUGAGCUCUCGAAACCUGGGGUUUCCGUGCAGUGGGAAAAGGAAACAAUAGUUCUGAAGCCUGGAGAGAAGUAUGAAAUGAAGCAGGAUGGAUGCGAACUGCAGCUUAAGAUUCGUGAUCUAAAAAGUUCUGACAGUGGCUCUUACAAAUGUUAUGCUGGUAGUGUGGUCACUGCAGCAUCUAUUGUAGUGAAAGAAAAGCCUUUGUUCUUCUGUAAGGAGCUUCAAAAUCUGGAGGUAGAAGAGGGUACAAUUGCCUUGCUGUGCUGUGAGAUCUCGAAACCUGGAGUUGCAGUGCAGUGGAAGAAAGGAGCUCUUCUUCUGAAACCUGGAGAAAAGUAUGAGAUGAAGCAGGAUGGAUGUGAACUGCAGCUUAUGAUCCAGGAUCUGAGAAGUUCUGAUAGUGGCUCCUACAAAUGCUGUGUUGGUACCCUCGUCACGACAUCAUCCAUUGUAGUGAAGGAAAAACCUUUGUUCUUCUGUAAGGAGCUACAAAAUCUGGAGGUAGAAGAGGGUACAACUGCCUUGCUGAGUUGUGAGACAUCAAAACCUGGAGUUGCAGUGCAAUGGAAGAAAGGAGCUCUUCUUCUGAAACCUGGAGAGAAGUAUGAAAUGAGGCAGGGUGGACGUGAACUGCAACUUAAGAUCCAUGAUCUGAGGGGAUCUGACAGUGGCUCCUACAAAUGCUUCGCUGGUAGCCUGGUCAGUACUGCAUCCAUUGUAGUGAAAGAAAAACCUUUGUUCUUCUGCGAGGAGCUACAAAAUCUGGAGGUAGAAGAAGGUACAACCGCCUUGUUCUACUGUGAACUCUCUAAACCUGGAGUUGUAGUGCAAUGGAAGAAAGGAGCUCUUCUUCUGAAACCUGGAGAGAAGUAUGAAAUGAAGCAAGAUGGAUGUGAACUACAACUUAAGAUCCAUGAUCUGAGGAGUUCUGAUAGUGGCUCCUACAAAUGUUGUGCUGGUAUACACACCACGACAGCCUCAAUUCUUGUAAAGGAAAAACCCUUGUUCUUUUGCCAGGAGCUACAGAAUCUGGAGGUAGAAGAAGGUGAAUCUGCUGUGUUCUGCUGUGAGCUAUCUAAAACUGGAGUUGCUGUACAAUGGAAGAAAGGAGCUCUUCUUCUGAAACCUGGAGAAAAGUAUCAAAUGGAGCAAGAUGGAUGUGAACUGCAGCUUAAGAUCCAUGAUCUAAGAAGUUCUGAUAGUGGCUCCUACAAAUGCUGUGCUGGUAGUCUGGUCACCACAGCAUCUAUUGUAGUGAAAGAAAAACCUUUGUUCUUCUAUAAGGAGCUUCAAAAUCUGGAGGUAGAAGAGGGUACAAUUGCCUUGCUGUGCUGUGAGAUCUCCAAACCUGGAGUUGCAGUGCAGUGGAAGAAAGGAGCUCUUCUUCUGAAACCUGGAGAGAAGUAUGAGAUGAAGCAGGAUGGUUGUGAACUGCAGCUUAUGAUCCAGGAUCUGAGAAGUUCUGAUAGUGGCUCCUACAAAUGCUGUGCUGGUAGUCUGGUCACGACAUCAUCCAUUGUAGUGAAGGAAAAAUCUUUGUUCUUCUGUAAGGAGCUUCAAAAUCUGGAUGUGGAAGAGGGAAAUACUGCCUUGUUGUCCUGUGAGCUCUCAAAACAAGGAGUUGCCGUGCAGUGGAAGAAAGGAGCUGUUCUUCUGAAACCUGGAGAGAAGUAUGAAAUGAAGCAGGAUGGGUGUGAACUGCAGCUUAUGAUCCAUGAUCUGAGGAGUUCUGAUAGUGGCUCCUACAAAUGUUGUGCUGGCAGUCUCGUCACCACAGCAUCUAUUGUGGUGAAAGAAAAACCUUUGUUCUUCUGCAAGGAGCUUCAGAAUCUGGAUGUAGAAGAGGGUAAAACUGCCUUGCUCUGCUGUGAGCUCUCUAAACCUGGAAUUUUUGUGCAAUGGAACAAGGAAAAGAAGCUGCUUAGAACAGGAAGCAAGUAUGAGAUGAUGCAAGAUGGGUGUAAACAUCAACUUAAGAUCUAUGGCCUGAAGAAUCAAGACACUGGGUGCUACAGAUGUUGUGCUGGUAGUUUAGUGACCACAGCAUCCAUCACGGUUAAAGAACAUCCAUUAUUUUUCUCUAAGGAGCUUGAAAGUCAAGAGGUAGAGGAAGGCAAGACUGUGGUGCUGUGUUGUGAGCUCUCUAAACCUGGAUCUUCAGUGCAGUGGAAGAAGGACGCAGUUCUGCUGAUGCCUGGAAAUAAGUAUGAGAUGAAGCAAAAUGGCUGUGAACUACAGCUUACAAUUUAUGACUUCAACACUGAAGAUUGUGGUGUUUACAAGUGCUGUGCUAGCAAACUGGAGACAACGGCAACUGUUGGUGUAAAAGUGUUUCCAACCAAACCUAAGGAAGUCCCUCAGGUACCACCACGCUCAAAGGGAAAGAGAUCCCAGCAAGGUGGACAAGGCAAUGUCGUCAAAUCAAAAAUCUCACCUGUAAGCCAGCAGUCUGCUAAUACUAUACUAGAGCAAUGGGAGGAUGACCACUUGGAUCAUAGUCUAAAUAAGACAGAGGAGCAAGACUUUGAGAAGAAGACGUUAGUGAGGGAAACGUUGAAGGAAAAUGAAAUAUUCCCUUGGAAGGACGAGGUGGUGGUGGAUAUUAGGAAACCCACUCCUUCUCCUGACGAUCAUGGUACUGCUGAGCAGAGUAACAGAGCAGAGAGGAUAGCAGUUACGUCUACCACAGAUAUUCCUGCCAACCAAAAUCGAGACAAUAUAAAACAAGCACCAGAGUGCAUAGAUAGCACAGAGAAGAAAAUCGACAUUCAAGGCAAAAUUGUACCACUAGCACCACCUCACAACAAGGGAAUGUUCACCCAGCCACAGAUUGUUCUUCAAGUGCAAGACAGUGUUCUUGAGCCAAAGAAACAGGUUUUGGUCAUGGAGCCAUUUGAAGAAGCAACCUCCAUAGGUUCCUCAGAUACUGAGAGUCAGUUCCUGGAUUUCGGAGUUAAAAUGACCAAAGAGAAAUACACCACAAUGGAAGCAUUAGUAAAGCAAGAAGUAAAAGAAGAGAAACCAGGUGUCCAUAGUGAAAAACUUUUAGCACGUGAAAAGAUCCAAUCCUUAAGUGAAGCUGAGGAUCAUCUUGCAGAGAAAGUGUCAAGUCCACAUAUUACAGAUCAGGAAUACAAGAAGCAACAUCUUAGUGUAGGAACAACAACAGAACUUUCCAUUAAACAAGCCCUGCAACAGAAAGCAGAGUCAGUUGUGCAGAUGGGUUUUACAGACCAGACAAACAUGAAGCAAAUGGAAGAGGACCCAGAACCUUUAACAAUCCAAUCUCAGGAAAAGGUAGCAGUCCAGACCAAAAUAGAGGGUCUGGUUGUUGGUACUGUCAACCAUGAAUCUUGGGAAGAGAUCACCAAAGAUCACCAAGAGCCGACAAUGGACACCAACUCUCCGGAACAGCAUGCUCAAGAACCCCCUGGUAUAGACAUAAGUCAAGAGGAUGAGACAGAGAUACUAGAGGCAGCUAUCAAGAUCCAAGCUGCUUUCAAGGGCUACAAGGCUCGGAAGGAGAUGCGGCCUGUUUUCAAGGCAGUGUUCAAGACCCAGAAUGUGGAGCUGAGUGAUACAUUUUGUUUGGAGUGUGUCGUUGAGGGGAAACCCAGCAUAGUACGGUGGCUGAAGGACGGUGUUGAGAUAAAGCCUGGGAAGCGUCACAAGAUCAGCCAUCAUGAAGAUGGUAUGUGCUUGCUGGUUAUAGCUAAUGCAGGUUUCAAAGAUGCAGGGAUCUACACUUGUGAAGUUGCCAACCAGUUUGGUACUAUCAGUUACAAUGGGAACGUGACAGUCAGUCAUCCGAAGAAACCUAUAAGUGAAACGGCACAGCCAUCAGCAACAGAACCGGCUCCUGGAAGAGAAGUUGGGCAGAUCUCUAAUACGGAAGAGGACUCACUGAGGCUCAUCUACAAUCUCUCUACAGAUGACACCUACAGAAAAAUUCAGGAGAAAAGGAAAAGUCUCAUUUCAGUUAGUUCUGGGUCCUGUCCUUCAGAUUAUGACCCUGCCCCUGAUGUGGAUACAGGUGACCUAUGCAGAGACAAAGUAGUGGAAAAGACAAAACCCAAAAUGCAGCUGUCUAACAGUUCAGAAGAGGAAAACGCUAUCAGCCCCCAACCACAAACAAUCACUGGACAGUUCAAAGUAAAAGAGGGAAAGCCAGUAAGCAAAACUCCAUCUCCUAAAUACCCUCAUAACCUCAAGACCUCAUCCAAUGUAGAGUCCGUCUCAGAGUCAGACGAGGAUGAUGAAAGAGAAGAGACAUUUGAUAUCUACGUGGCCAAAGUGGACUGUCACCCCAUCGGAGGCAAUAAAGAGAACUUUAUUCUUAAGGAAGGCCAGUUUGUGGAGAUCCUCGAUUCUGUGCACCCUGUGAAGUGGCUUGUCCGUACUAAGCCAAGCAAAAGCACUCCGUCCAGACAGGGAUGGUUGUCUCCAGCAUACCUUGAGAAAAAGACAAAGGAACUACUUUCUCUGGUGCAAGAAACAGAGACAAAAGACAUUUCCGGAAAAAGAAGAAAAACACCCUCUAAAGAUGAAUAUAGAGAGACAUCAAGUCAGUUGAUCAAAGGUCUGCUGGAUGGUGAAAUCGAGUUCGUGAGAGAAAUGAAUUUCUUUGUGGAGCACCAUUUACAGCACGUAGAGACAAACCACAAGGUUCCGCUCACUAUACUUAGCCAGAAAGAGUACAUAUUCCGCAACAUAAAGGACAUCGCAAGCUUCCAUGAAUGUUGUAUUUUACCGAAGCUAAGCCAGUGCACCACAGAUGAUGACGUGGCUCAGUGUUUUAUAAAUUACGCCCCAGACUUUGAAAUGUAUCUUCAGUACAUUAUAGGCCAGACUCUAGCCGAGGCCUGCAUCUCAGACAAAAACACACAGCACUUCUUUAAGCAAUAUGUCAACACUGCUUUUGCACCUCUGGAUACUCGAGUCUUUAGCGUCAGCACGUAUUUGGAGAGACCUCUGGAGAGGCUUCAGACGUACAAAACCCUGUUCAAGGAGUUGAUCUGGAACAAAGCGAAGAGUGGUCAAAGCUGUUGCCUAAUCGAAGACGCCUUUUCCAUGGUGUCCAGCUUGCCUUGGCGUGCAGAGAACAUGCAGCAUGUGUCCCUGAUUGAGAACUAUCCAGCACCUCUCAAAGGGCUCGGAGAACCAAUCCGACAGGGUUCCUUCAUUGUAUGGGAGGAAGCACCCGGGACUAAAAUUUCACUCAGGGGUCAUCAUCGUCACGUCUUCCUGUUCAAGGACUGUAUCGUCUUCUGCAAAACCAAAAGAGACCUGAGCACCCAGUCCGUAUUCUAUGUCUUCAGGAACAAGAUGAAGCUGAGCGACGUCGAUUUGAAGGAUACGGUAGAAGGAGAUGACCGGUCCUGGGGUAUCUGGCAUGAGCAUCGAGGUACAAUCCGAAAAGUCACUCUUCAAGCUCAUUCCGUGCUCACCCGCUUGUCCUGGCUCAAAGACCUUCGAGAUUUGCAACAGCGCAGCAAACUUCCAGCAUGGAGCGCGCCAUGCUUCGAGCGGAUUCUUACCGAUUCUCUAGUUAAACUCGGACAGACCAUGAAACUCACUUGCAAUGUCACGGGAAUCCCAAAACCUCUUGUUACUUGGUACAAAGACGGCAUUGCUCUGAAGGCUGGCCAGCAUCACAUUAUCUCCGAGGGAAACUCUGGCGCUUGCUAUUUGGUUCUGACUUCUGUGUCCGUGGAAGAUUCGGGUCAGUACAUGUGUUACGCAGCGAACCCCAUGGGGAACGCUAGCACCCUGGCCAAGAUCGUUGUUGAUGUGCCUCCUAGUUUCACAACCAGACUUCAGAACACGCCGCUGGUGAAAGGGAAGGACGUGAAGUUGCAGUGUUCAACAGGAUGUAUUCCUGUACCCACUGUCAGGUGGUUUAAGGAUGGCACACAGCUGGAGAAAAGCAAGAAAUAUGAGAUUGACAGUGAUACACAGACUGGAGUCCUGUUACUGGUUAUAAAGAAGGCAGAAGAGACAGACGUGGGGCAAUAUGAGUGUGAGAUAAUGAAUCAGAUGGGCAGUGCUAAGUGCAAGGCGCAGUUGUACUCCACACCACACCCUGCGACAGACAGCGCCAAAGACCAACCACAAGUCACCUCAGCUCCAGGUAUGAGGGUCCACAUAAGACAAGGUAAAACAAGUAUAUCCAACCGGAAACUACUGCUUACGGCAAUGACAUGGUCUCAUGGGUUUGACAGAGCACAUACCAGUUCCACCACCAGUCCUUCCAUCCCUUUGUUUCCCCCAGAUCAUCUGAUAUGUCUAACACCUGACAUGAGUCCUGUAGUCAGCAGACCAGCAGAUUCAGAAGGCUGGUCCAGUGCUUUGUUGAAGAACCUUUUCCAGAUGCUCUUUCAAUCUGGACCUUCUAACCAAUCUGCACUUAGUACCAGCGAGGCUCAAGCUACACAAGACGCAGACGAGGAACAAUUGGACAUACCAGAGGAAGAGCAUGAGGAGACACGUGUGUCAAGAGCAGAAGAUGACAGGUGCACAGAUCCUCCAGUGGUGCAGGUGGACAUGGAGGAUCUGUGUGUACGGCCUGGACAACCUGCAACCUUUUCUGUGGUUAUUACCGGGCAGCCAAUCCCAGAGAUCAGGUGGUUCAAGGACGGCAUCGAGCUCGUCUCCGGUGAACACACGGAAGUGAAGCAGAGUGGCGCUCGUGUCUCUCUCACUCUACUGAGCGUCCACAUUUCCGAUUGCGGCACUUACUCUUGUACAGCCAGGAACAGCUCAGGCCACGCUUCCUGCCACGCCCACCUCACCAUGGAUACAGGUCUGGAGGAGUUCGAGGAGGAGGAGGAGGAGGAGGAAGAGGAGGACAGAGGCUUGUUGGUGGGCAGAAGGAGGAAACUCCAUGCCGUUUAUGACGUCCAUGAGGAGAUUGGCAGAGGCACGUUUGGGGUGGUGAAGCGAGUGGCACACAGGGUGAGCUCAGAGGUUUUCGCUGCUAAGUUCAUCCCGCUGAAGAGGAGCACUCGCACCCGAGCCUUCCAGGAGAGAGAUCUGCUGUCCCGGCUCGCGCACUGCAGGGUGGCCUGCCUGCUCGACUUCUUCAGCACACGGCGUACACUCGUCCUCAUCACCGAGAUCUGCUCAUCUCAGGGAUUACUGGAGCGCUUGUUAUUAAAAGGAUCAGUCAGUGAAAGAAAGGUCCGGCUUUACGUUCAGCAGAUUCUGGAAGGGGUUGGAUAUAUUCACAGCAUGAACAUCUUGCAUCUCGAUAUUAAAACAGACAACAUCCUGAUGGUUUCGCCGGAUGGAGAGGACUUAAAAAUCUGCGACUUUGGCUUUUGUCAGGAGAUCGACCCUUCCAGGCAUCAGUACAGUGUCUUUGGGACUCCUGAAUUCGUGGCACCGGAAAUCGUCCACCAGGAACCGGUGACCACGGCAACUGAUAUCUGGUCUGUUGGUGUCGUUGCUUAUCUAUGUCUGACGGGACACUGCCCCUUUUUUGGGGAAAAUGACCGUGCCACACUGCUGAAGGUGGCCGAAGGGCUCGUGUACUGGGACAUGCCAGAGAUCACCAGCUUGAGCAAACGAGCCCAGGAUUUCCUCCACAGAGUUUUACAGCCAGACUCGGAGUUGAGACCAUCAGCGUUGGAAUGCCUGAAUUACGAGUGGUUUCAGGGUCUGGCUGAAGAGGAGGAGUUUGAUACUAUUGAUACAAAGAGUUUAAGAUCCUUUAUCUCUAGAAGAAAGUGGCAGCGCUCGCUGACGUGUCUCGGUUCAGUCCUGACCCUGAGGCCGAUUCCGGAGCUGCUGGACGCUCCGCCGUGCGAGGUCUCCGUUACAACCCCGAGAGACCCUCGAAAUACCAGCAGCACCUCCGUGACCACUGGUUCCUCCUCUGAAUAUGACGAGGCUGAUGCCUGGGGCUUUUUCCAGAAGGCCAGCCAGGAGGAAGAUGAGGCCAGGGAGGAAGAUAGUAUGGAAUAUUAUCCGUAUGCCCGUCCUCCUAAAUGUUCCUCGGCUCUGAAAAGAGAUGAAGAGGAUGUAAUAAUGGGUCAAGAGCGGGCGCGGAGGGGUGCGUUGAUGAUUCCUAUAAGUGUGCAAUCCAGAGAGACACCCUCACCUUCUCCUGAGCUGGUUACCAGGGAGCGAAAAGAAAUCUGUUCAUCUUUGAAUCUUUCUAGAGAUGAUAAAGUGCCCAGUGGGACACCAAUCCCCCGUGGUAGCUUGAUCAAGAGCACCUUCUACAACAGCGAUGAGCAGCUCUCACCAAUCUCCGCCCGCCACAUGAUGCUCCGGGACAAACUCCACGCCAGGAGACAGGACAGAGUACGCAGGACACUGCGCUCCAGCCUGACUGGAAGGCUAAAUGAACCGCUUAUAGAGUAUGUAGAGGAUUCUCCAGAUGUGGAGUCUGGCCUCAGACAUAGGAGAAGUUCCACUCUUCUGUCCAAGUCUUGCUCAUUGGACAGAGGGGUGAGUCCCGUCUAUCCAAACUCCCGCACCCAAAGGAGGAGCAGGUCACUGGAUGAAUCCACGAGAAUCUCGGCAGCUUCUACGGCGCACAGGACACUGGGAGAUAAUGAGAAAGAUCUAGAGUUCGACCAUAAUAAUGAGUUCACAGAUGAGGAAGAAGAUGAAGCCUCAGAGAUUCCUGUAAAUAGGAUAUCACAAAUUCCAUCACAGUCUCACAAGACUACCAUGGAGGAGCUGCCAGUAAUCAUGGGGUCUCAUGUAGAUGACAGCCAAUCACACCCUGGAGAGGAGGAGGAGCAAGCAGCGAUGGGGGGAGAAGAAAAUUUAGCAGGUUCACAGCUGUCUCUUGCAGAGUCUUACGACUUUGAACACGACUCAGAUGCUUCCGGAAGAACCAGCACCUACAUUGGACAGUCUUCCAGCCACCUCCCAAUUUCACGGAGACACCAUAGAGCAUACGAUGAAUCAGAGGAGCACUUGCUUGCGCCGUCAUCCGGAAAGACAUCAGAGCUCUCUCUCUCACAGGACUCUGAGGAUGAGGACAUGGAGAGAGUUCUGAGGAACCUUCGUCAAGCACCACUACAACAGCACACACUCAGCACAACAAAGAGCAAGAACAACAUCGCAUUGAGGCGAAGUUCCUCCGCAGUUCCCAUGCGCCCAGCAUCGGCGACCCCGGUGAACCGAGAGGUGCUUCAGAGGCACUCAUCAGCCCCAGCUCUGGAGCUCAAACCCCCAAGUGGCAAGUCUGGCAAAUCUGGACUCAUGAAGAUCUUCCGCAGGAAGUCCUGGACUCCAGGACCCUCCAGCUCCCAGACACAGGGAUCUGAGAAGAAGGGCGAAGAUGGCUCAAGUGCACAGCAGAAGACCCCUCUCUUGACUUUGAGGAAGAAGAUGAGGGCUUCGGCAUCCAGCAUCUCGAAGCUGUUCACCAAGCAGUCCAGUAAAGAGGGCAAGGAGGAGAAAUGGGGUCCGAUCGUGAAGAAUCCUGUUCCACCAGAGAAAACAACUGUCACUUCAGACUUUUUUCCAUCAGCUCCCUUCUCGGAAAGCCUUCAGAAAAAGCCAAAGCUCUUCUCUUUCAAAGUGCCAACGUUCAAAAAGAUCAAAGGAAUUCCAGCCAGGCCAUUCAAACCAGAUGUGAUCCAGCUCGCCAGUGGUGGAGCUCUGGUUUUCUGGAAGCCAGUGCGGUGCAGUGAUCCUGUCACAUACUGCAUACAGUAUAGCCUCAAUGGUGACGAGUGGAAAAUUUUGUCGGAUAAUGUUACAGAUAGUUGCUACAUCGCUAAUGCGCUACCUAGAGGACCUGGCUAUGUGUUCCGUGUGGCCUGCAUCAACAAAACAGGCCCAGGGCCUUUCAGUGAUCCUUCACCACCUGCUUUUAUGACCAUGCCAUAUGAAGACUCUCACAUUCCUCUGAUCUUGACGCAAUCAACCGGGUCCAAGAUCACUGUGCCAGGAGGGCUUGUCUCAGAGAGGUCCUACAGCUUCCUGUCUGAGAUCAACAGGGGCCGUUUCAGUGUGGUGACACGGUGUGAGGACAGCGGGAGCUCGCAGCCUCUGGCGGCCAAGCUGACUCCGUACGGGCCUGAGCAGAGGCAGCUAGUGCUGAGGGAGUACCAGGUGCUGCGCAGGCUGUGCCACCCAAAUGUCGUCCAGCUCCAUGCAGCCAUCCUCACGCCCUCCUGCCUUGCGCUCAUUGAGGAACUCUGCUCCGGACGAGAACUCCUCUACAACCUGGCCGAGAGGGACGUGUAUUCGGAGCUGCACGUGUGUGACCUGUUGAGGCAGCUCCUGACCGGUGUGGAUUACCUGCAUGGACGCCGCAUCGUCCACCUCGACCUCCGCUCCGAUAACGUGCUGGUGACUGAGCGCAACGUGUUGAAGAUCGUGGACCUGGGCUCAGCUCAAGCCUUCACUCCAGGCCACGCCCUUAACGUCGAGCACAUCAAAGAGAUGACAGAGAGCAAAGUUUACAUUGUCCUUCCUAAAGCUCCUGAGAUCUUGCAAGGUCACGGCGUCGGACCUGCCACGGAUAUCUGGGCUCUCGGUGUUCUGGCAUUUAUCAUGCUGAGUGCUGACAGUCCGUUCCACUCAGAUCUCCACUGGGAGAGAGAUUGCAACGUCAGGAAGGGUAAGAUCCAGUUCGGCCGCUGCUAUCCCGGCCUUUCUGAGGGAGCCAUCAACUUCCUGCGGAGCACGCUGAACAGCAAGGCCUGGGGAAGGCCGUCGGCUGCAGAGUGUCUCCAGAACCCGUGGUUACAAGGAGAACGAGGAGAACCGUCCAAGCACGCAGCCUCGAUGUUCUGCUUCUCCACCGACAAACUUCAGGCCUUCCUGAAAGAGCGUGAGGCGAAACGUGACCGCGCUCGCACCAGAGUCACACAGCCACUCGGUUAAAGUUAAAAACAGGAAAACACACCACAGAGUUCCUGAUCGCUAGGAGAAUAGAAAAACAGCUUGACUAGAAGACACAUAUUUUUGAUUUAGUGCAGGUUCUGUGACUUCAGCACAGGAUUUACAUCUUUUUUUUUUUUUUCAUCUUUGCAUAAGACUAAAUUUGUUGUUUGCUUAUUUAUAAUGAUUAUUGAAGUGAAAUUAUAACGAUAAACAAAUCAACAGUUCUCAUGGUGUGCAGAAAUCCCGAAAUUAUUAGCAAAAAAAAUCUCCAUUCGUAGCAUUGGAGCAUGAAUAGCAUUUCACGAAUAGCACUGUUACUUCAUUAUAUCUAUAAUGCUUCAGUGACAGUUAAGCACAUUUGUUAGCAUGUUUGUUUUUUUUUGGAAAGUUUAAAAUAAACCUUAUCAGCAUUUUAUUUCAUCAUAAUAUGAUUCAUAAUAAUCAUAGUAUCAGAAUAUUAUUCUGAACACGAUUGCAUGUAAUGUUUAACGAAUGAACGUUAUGGGGAAUUCAAAAUGGCGGCUACAUUCAUGCAAACGAUCAUGUAGACUGAUUUACUCUUCUUUUGUAAACAGACAAAAAUGUAGGAGGGUGUAAAAGGGGGUGUAUUACAUCUUAUCGUACACCACAGUGAGAAAUAUAGACCCAGAUCGCAUACACAUGACUGUAAUCUACGUCUCAUCGAUGUUGUGUGCAGCUCGUUUGCUAAUUAUGAAGAUGUCAUCACAUCAUCACAAUAGAGUUUUUAAUCCUCUGGGUUUUUUUCUUCUUUUUUUUUUAGUAUGACGUGUGAUAGGUUUAAACCUGGAAGUAUUUAAGACAUCACGCCUCCUGCUUAAGAUUUAUGAAAUAUUUUUAAACAUGGAUAAUUCUUGUUUACACCCCUAAACUGGAGAAUAGAGUGAUUUUGUUGUGCUCAUUAAAGAGAUAUUCAGUGUGAUGCAGAAAACAAAAACAAGACCUGGACGUAAUUACGAUUGCAGUAAAUGUGUCUUAAAUUUGAUCGGUUAUUGUGUGAAUGUGACUGCAUUGUUCAUGUCAGAUUUUGUGAAAAAAUCUAAUUAGGCAACUUUGCAUGAUUUUUAACUGCUCUUUCGUCUGUAACGUGACACGAUGUCACGCAUGACAUUUUGCGUUAGUUUUAAAACUUCCAAGUGGUUGAAUUAUUUAAUGUUUAUUCAUUACUUCAUUGGAAUGUUGUGUGAUUUUUCAGAUUUGACAAACAUGCAUGCAGGUUGGUUCAUCUGAUUGUAACUAAAUAAAGAAAUAAAGGUUAUAGUCUGUCUGAAAUCAUCGUCAAGGGUUUUUGUUUGUUCCUUUGUUUGUCUGAUGAUGUUAGAACGAAAGUUCAUGAAGCAUGAAUGUAGUCGAUGACUUAAGAUGAUGUUCUGCGUCCAAUAUUUGCUUCUUUAGUGUGGUACUGGAGGUACGACUCCUAAGGCUAAUCAAGGCAGUAGCUAACAAGUAACAUGGCCUCCAGUUUAGCAUUUAGCAAACUGAGCGGUGGAGUUUGUGGACGUGUUCAGUGUCUCAGACAGAUUUGCUGAAAACUGUGUUAAUAAGAAAGUGUUGAAGGUGUGAUGAUUUAGACCAGCACUUUGCUUCAUGCUAACGUGGUAGCUAUAUUUUCUUUGUAGCUGCAUAUAAUAAACCAUAGACACACACACACAUUAGUGAAAUUUAUCCAACCAACAAGCAAACAUAAGACACUAAACACAUUCUGAUUACAAAUAAACU